AUGGCCAUGACCUCGCUGGUCAACAGUGCCAACUGCCAAGUAGCGGGUUUCGCUGUCACUACCGUAGGAUGGAUCUUCUCCAUGACUUGCAUGGGCCUGGCCGAGUGGCGGGUGUGGUACGUGGACAACAGCUCCGGCCCCUCCCCGGGGCUGGCCUGCAUAGGGAUGUGGAAGGUCUGUACUUACCAGCUCACCAGCCUCCACAGCAGACCAAUCUCAUGUCACCGCUACACCUACAGUGACACCUACCUGCCUCUGGAUAUCCGCAUCUCUCAGAACCUUCUGCUGGCCGCCAGCCUGCUCGGGCUCCUGGGGAAAGUGCUCACGGUCAUGGGCCUGUGGAGAGUGUACAUAGGAAAGCGUCAGGAUGACAACACCUGCAAUCUGUUAUUUGCUUGCCGUGUCCUGAGCAUCACAGCGGGUACAUUUAUCUUCAUUGUUGUAAUCUGGAACUACCACUCCGUGAUGAAUGAAGAGGGCAUACCCUUCCCUCCAUCCUUCCACAUCCCCUUCAAGCCAGACCGGCAGGAGGUCGGCAGCACCGUGCCAGUGGCUGUUCUGGCUGCCCUCCUCAUGCUGUUGAGUGGGCUGCUUACCAUCUCUUUCCAGUGGCCCCGCAACAGCCAAGUGUACCCCGAGGUCUCAGAAGUGUAA